GGGAGCUGGAGCAGGCAGCUGCGCAUGGCGGCGGGACGGGCAACGCAACAGCCUCGUGAGAGAUCAACACGCCGAAGAUAAGAGGGCUUGAUUCUGCGCCCCUCCGGCGUUGCACGUCUGGUAUCUCGCUGCGAGCGCUGAUUGUGUCUUUUGAAUUGCCCCUGGUAGCCAGGUAACCUGCGGCCCGUAACCAACUUGCACAAUUGCGCUGCUCCUCGGACGGUACUGUUCCCCAUGCUCUCGCUGGAUCGCGAUCUCGACGCAUCCGCCUAACCUCCGAAUCCCGUGGCGGCGCAUUCGAACUAGCCUCUACGGAGCAAUGCCUCUUGGCUGUGACGCCCUAUGAGUUUGAGUCAAGCGCGGGAUGACAAUGGCCCAGUCGACGCCAUGGCCGACGAACCCGAACUGGCUCGAGCCGACGACGACCAGAGCUCGAGCUCCAGCGACGAGGCUACGGUGAAAGGCGAUCACGACGAAGACCACAUCCCCACUGUUCCCGAAGCUGAGCAGCGGCCGGCGGAAUCCCCCGCGCCUCACGCCGGUCCCAGCACAAUCGCCCACCGCUACCGAGAACUGCUCGAGGCGUCGCACGACGCGGCAUCCGAGGAUGGAUCCGCCGACGCCACACCCCGGCUCGCUGCGAGUCCCAUGGGCUCCGUUCUUUCCGUUCCCGAUGACACGCCAUCUUUGCAUGGCUCCGUCAUAUCCUCCCCUGGCAGCAGCAAUGUGCCUUCCUUCGCCUCUCGCCCUGACCUCGCCAGCCCGACGCCGUCGUUUAGGCCCUUUGACCAGAGAUUCCAGUCACGCAUCUCCUCGCCUUAUCUCUCGUCCCCGCGUCCUUCCUCUCCUGCAUUCCUGGCAGGCCAUAGCCGAAAUGUCUCGCUGAGCAGUCAGCUGCUGUUGGACCCAGGGGGCACCGAAACCCCGUCAGCGCCGUGGGAAGUGGUGCGGUGGACGAAGCUGCAGAAGCUCAAUGGCCAGGUCUUCUCCGAGGCCGGGAAGAGAAACUUUGGCUCUCCUACGUGCCUCGCGGUUUCGGCUACGAUAGUCCUGGGCACCUCCAAGGGGAUCAUCCUGGUGUUCGACUACAACCAGAACCUCAAGAUGAUAAUCGGUCCGGGAACAAAAGCUGUCGAAUCCGGCCCCAUCACCGCCAUCGCAAUAUCCGCCGACCACACCACCAUUGCGGGCGGGCACGCGAACGGCAACAUAUUUACCUGGGAUACCACGCGAGCAGCACGGCCGUUCCUCAGCAUCCCGCACCUUCCUCAGUUACACCAGCAAAACAGGACCGCCGACGGCCACGUCCCGAAUGUCGCCAUCACGCACUUGGGCUUCCUUGGCACCCGCCACACGGCCCUCGUCUCCGCCGACGACCGGGGAAUGGCCUUCUCUCACCUCGCAACCAGGGGCACCGGGGCUCUUGGCAGGACCGUGAAGACGACGAGAAUAUUGGGCCGGUACCCAGACUCGAAGCCGCCGCCAGGGAAGACACUAAAGCCGAGCACCGUCCUGGCCUUCGCUCCGCUCCCGCUCGGCAAUGUUGAGAUGGCCACCGACACCAUGGGCCUCACCGCGAUGCUGACCCCCUACCUCCUAGUCAUUGUCUCGACGACCCCUAUCGCUCAGACGCAACACAAAUCCGCGCGACCUAAGGAGGUUGCCGCCCACAGCCCUCUGACAGGAUGUCUGGCGUGGUUCCCCGGAGUCAAGCUUAAAGUGGCAGACCCUGUUACCGGGAGCCAGAUAUCCAAAGUGAAGCUAGUUUACUGCUGGUCUAAUGUCCUCACUGUCCUGGACGUGGAUGAGAUCCCAGCGGAGGACAAAGACAAGCCUCCGGGUCUCAAGUUUCGAGCACGGAGCCGAUGGAAGUGCGAGGAGCCCAUCGUUGCGGUACAAUGGCUGAGCCGGUCAGUCCUGACUGUGCUCACCAUCUCGCAAAGGCUUAUUGUGCUGGAAGACCGGAGCAUGCGCAUGACCGAGGCCAUCGACCUCAUACACAAGCACAUCUACCAUGUCGACCGCUUUUCAAAACAGCUGAGCAGCUUGGUGGAACAACUGGACGAGGAGGAUCCGUCGAUGCACGGUGUUGUUGCCGACGCCUUUUACAUGAGCUUCAAGGCGUUCAAAGGCCGCCUCUUCCUCCUCGGGUUCAACGACGUAUCGAUUGGCGCCCUGUCCAACUGGGCCGAUCGGCUCAUCGCCCUGAUGGAAAACGGGGACUAUGUUGGUGCGAUCAAACUCGCAACAUCAUACUACAGCGGAGACGCCAACAAGCUCACGGUCGGGUUGCCAGAAGACGCAGAGCUGAGGCAUUCCAUGGUCCGGGACAAACUCAUGGAGAUUAUGAGCGCAUCUCUGAAGUACGCGUUCGGUCAAAGACGGAAGAACCGGGAAUCAGCAAGCGACAGCCACUUGCGGGAGCUAACCCAGACGUGCUUUGUGGGCUGUCUAACUGUUGGGGAAGUCGACUUCCUCUUUGAAGAGAUGUACGAGUGGUAUGAGGACGCCGCGGUCGAGGGCAUCUUCUUUGAGACGCUGGAGCCUUAUAUUCUCGACGGCUCUGUCACUGCUGUGCCUCCGGCGGUUGUGAAGGCGAUGGUCUCUCACUUCGUCGGCGCGGGAUUGGAGAGCCGGCUAGAGGAAAUGAUCUGCCACAUGGACACUUCGACGCUCGACUUGGACCAGAUAACGGUGCUUUGCAAGCAGCACAGCCUGUACGAGGCCCUGAUCUACGUUUGGAAUCGAGCAAUGAACGACUUCCUCACUCCGCUCUUCGACUUGCUCUCGCUGCUGGUGCCGCUGACGCAGAAGGGCCAGCACUCCGGCGGCCCCAUGCAGGCUGAAGCCCGCGUGGUGAAUGCCCUCAAAAUCUUUCCCUACCUCUCCUACGUCCUCACCGGCCGCGUCUAUCCGACAGGCGAGGAAUUGCCAGAAGAAGUUGCGCAAAAGGCAAAAGCGGAGCUCUACUGGCUGUUCUUCUCCGGGAAGAGCAUCACAUGGCCCAGGGGCAGCAAUAAGCGGCUCCUUACCCGGCCCAACCAGUCGCAAGAACCGUCCUUUCCCUACCUGCGACUUGUCCUUGACUUCGACGCCGCAAGCUUCUUGAGCGCCCUCAACGAAGCGUUUGAGGAUUCCUUCCUCAAUGACUCCAAGUCGGCGAACGGCAGUUCCACCAGGGACUUGCCCGAAGAACAGAUGUUCGGGCUGACGGUAGACCGGCAGUAUAUCGUCUCGAUCCUGACGGAAAUCAUGAACUCUUCGGAUUUCUCUUCCAACGAGACGAUCUACCUAGACAUGUUCAUUGCCAGGAACUUGCCUAAGUACCCGCAGUACCUCCUAUUCCCGGGUUCGACGCUCACCAAAGUCCUGGUUGGGCUGUGCAGGUACCCCGGCCAGGAUCUGGCCGAGGACGCCCAGCUCAGCGCCGAGUACCUGUUGUCUGUGUACCAGCCGCCCAAUGUCACCGAGCUCAUCCCACUCUUCAAAGAAGCCGGCUUCUAUCGCAUCCUGAAGCGCAUCUACAGGGUCGACAAGCAGUAUGGGAAGCUGGUGGAGACCUACUUCGAAGACCCUGAAGACCAAGAAGCUGUGUUCAACUGUAUCGAGGUCUAUCUGCGACCGCAGGCGGGUCUCACACGGCGCCAGGUGCAGGAUGUCCACCAGGUUCUCAAGCAGCACUCGGCCGAGUUUGUCGAGCUCGACCCUGCGAUGGCAGCCAAGACGAUCGCUCGGCACGCCCCAGAGCUCCACCAACACGUCUUGGACUCGGUGGCUGCGCAGCCUGGUUUGCAGUAUGCCUACCUGAAAACGAUACUGGAACCGGAAAAGGAGGCAGCACUUGGCCGCUCGACAGAUCGAGACCUGGUGGAACUGUACCUGCGGCUCAUGUGCAAGUUCGAUCCAGAGCACGUCUCGGACUACGUCGGCCUGGUUCAGUCGUCCAGCCUAAGGCUCGAACAGCUGCUCCCGACGAUGGAAGCGACUGGUGUGAUUGACGCCGCCGUCGUCCUCAUGGCUAAGGAGGGCCAGGUCAAGGAAGCUAUGGGCCGGUUAGUCAGGCAUCUCGAAACGCUCGAGUCGGCCCUGCAGGGGCUCCUGGCCGGGUCGCAGGAUGAUAGUUGCGACCUGCAGGAGUCUGCGGAAGACUUGAUGCAGGCUUUGCGGAAAUUCGUUCUCGUGGGCAUCUGGCUAUGUCAGGAGCAAACCAAGACUGCCCGAGCCGCCAGCUCCAGUCGCCGAGGUCAGAAGCCACCUGCCGACGGGAGUUUGUCUGCAAACGAGAACCUCUGGCUGGAGCUGAUUGACGCCUCCGUCCAAAUCACAAGACGGCUAUCCUCUUCGCUGCAGACCGCGCCAAAGAAUGCCCUCCCACCCACAAACGGUGACGCCGCCUACCAACCGCCCGCCCUCGACACCGACAAGCUCCUCGGCCUCCUCCGCUCCCUCGUCCAAACCACCUUCACCGCCCUCCUCACUUCAACCUCAUCCCCAUCAACCACCCCGCCGUCCACCACCACCAGCACCACAACCAACCUCUCCUUCCUCCGCAUCCUGCGCGCCUUCCUCACGCGCGCGGCCGCGGCCUCGCCCAACCUCGCGGACCUCCGCGGCGUGCUGAGCUCCGUCUUCGCGGCGUACGCCUACGAGGAGUCGAUCCUGCGGCUGUCGAACCGGCUGCUCGAGCGCAGCCUGUUCGUGAGCGUCGCGCAGGCCGUCGAGCUGCGCCAGCGCGGGUGGCGGCCGCGCGGCCCGACGUGCGAGGCGUGCGGGCGCCGCGUCUGGGGCCCCGGCGUGCAGGGCGGGCGGGUCUACGAGGCGUGGGAGGAGAGGAAGGUCGCUGAGGAGAGGAGGCGGGCGGCGAUUCUGCGAAGGCGGGGGGGUGCGGGUGGCGUUGGGCUUGGUGCUGGUGCUGGUGACCGGUUGGGGGAUGCGGCGGGGAGUGCGGAAAGGGGUGGCGCGGAGGAGAGGGAGUAUGUUGGGAAGGGAAAGGGGAAGGAUGUGAGUCCGAGGGUGAGGCAGGAGGAGGAGGAAAUUCAGGAGGGGCACAGAAGGCAAGGGAAGGGUAAUGAGGCGAAGCAGGACCCAAGAGAGGGGUUGGUGGGCGCCGGCGGAUCGAGUUCUCGGCCGCCGGACCAGACGGCGCUGGGUCCGCUGGUGCUGCUGGCGUGCAGGCAUAUUUAUCACCAGAGUUGCCUGGAAGCGCUGUUGGCGAAGGAUGGGUUUGGGACGGAGACGGUAUACCGGUGUCCUAUUGAUGGGUAGGAGGCUGGAAUGGUCCUUGGUUGUAGCUGUGUACUGUAUAGCAUGCAGUGGGGAGGCAUCGUAAUGAGCAAUCGUGGCAGAUGUGAUACGUCUGCCAUUAAGAACUUGCAGUCGGAAACUUGGACUUGUGUGCGAAU